AUGGCCGCGUCCACCAUGUCUGUCUGCUCCAGCACAUGCACUGACCCUUGGCAGGUGGAUGACUGUCUAGAGAGCUGCUGCGAGCCCCCCUGCUGUGCCCCCAGCUGCUGCACCCCAGGCCCCUGCCUGAAGCUGGUCUGCACCCCAGUGAGCUGUGUAUCCAGCUCCUGCCAGCCAGACUGCCCCAGCUACUGCACACCUUUGUGCUGCCAGCAGUCCAGCUGCCAGCUGCCUUUCCUCACCUCCUCUUCCUGCCAGCAGGCCUGCUGUGUGCCUGUCACCUGCAAGCCUGUCUGCUGUGAUCCAGUCUGCUCUGGGGCUUCCUCUUUGGGCUUCCAGCAGUCUAACUGCCAGCCUUCCUGCUGCACCUCUUCCCCCUGCCAGCAGCCCUGCUGCGUACCCAUCUGCUACAAGCCCAUGUGCUGCAAACCUGUCUGCUGUGUGCCCACCAGCUGUGUACCUGCCUGCUCUGAGGCUACCUCUUCGUGCUGCCAGCAGUCCAGCUGCCAGCCUUCCUGCUGCACCUCCUCCCCCUGCCAGGAGUCCUGCUGCGUGGCCAUCUGCUACAAGCCCGUGUCCUGCAAACCGGCCUGCUGCAAGCCUGUGUGCUCUGGGUCUUCCUCUUCAUGCUGCCAGAAGUCUAGCUGCCAGCCAAUUUGCUGCCCUUCCUCCUGCUACAGACGCUCCUCCUGUGUGUCCCUCCUCUGCCGCCCCGUGUGCAGGCCCGCCUGCUGA